CCAGCCCGAUCCAAAUUUUAAGAGCUAGGAGUUAGACUAGUAGUUAGUCGUGGCCGAGGGUAGGAGCCAUAAGUAGAAGGUAAGUCUGCUGCAGCAUUCAGCCAAAGGCGUUCGGCCGCUCUUUCUUCCAGAGUGUUUUGUCUCGAAUAAAUCUGUCCUUCAAUACACAACCUCCUCAACUUCCUCCUUCGUCCUUCAAAUACGCUUUCAUCCCGUCACAUUACUCUUUUGAAUUCCCGAUUCUUCACUGAGAGUACGCAAAUCAAUUAGCAACGCGUCGUGUCACUACAAGAUGAGUGAUACUUCUGCUGCUCAGACGCGCUUUGAGCCGGAGAGUACUUACAAAGUCCUUCCUCAAGAUGCAUUCAACGUCGACAUCGAACAGCAGACUCUCGACGAGGGCCAUCUUUUGAACGACACGGUCCGUAAUUACUCUUGGUCGGGCGUAUCAGUCAUCGUCAAGGACCAUAAAACGAAGGAACCCAAGAUAAUUCUUCACAACAUCGAUGGCAUUGUCGGGGCCGGAGAGAUAUGUGCUUUGAUGGGACCUAGUGGUUGUGGAAAGACAACUCUGUUGAACGUCCUCGCCCACAGAGAUGCCGCUACCGGAGCCAAGGUCGAAGGUAACACCUUAGUCAAUGGUACCAGCCCGUCCACUGGCGCUUUUCGACGCAUGAGCAGCUUUGUAGAGCAGGAAGACGCCCUCAUUGGAUCUCUCACUGUCCGUGAGACGAUGCACUUCGCAGCUCGUCUGGCUCAUAAGAACGCCUUGAGCAAGACUGAGCGGAUACGAAGGAUUGACGGACUUCUUGAUUCAUUUGGUUUGAGGAACCAGGCCCAUUCUAUCAUCGGUACGCCAAUUCGCAAGGGCAUCAGCGGUGGUCAGAAACGCCGUCUCAGUGUUGCCAGUCAACUCAUCACUGCCCCGAAGAUGCUGUUCUUGGAUGAGCCUACCAGUGGUCUUGACUCUGCCGCAAGCUUUGAAGUUGUUUCCUUCAUCAAGGAAGUAGCAAAGCGAAAUAAUUUGAUUGUUAUUGCUAGCAUCCACCAGCCUUCAACUUCGACCUUCCAGAUGUUCGACAAGUUACUCCUCCUGUCAGCUGGCAAGUCGCACUAUUUCGGACAAGUGGAUGGGGUUGCACCACAUUUCGAGAGCAUGGGAUAUGCUAUGCCAUUCCACACUAACCCUGCCGAGUUUCUUCUGGAAAUGAUGAACACCGAUUUCGCCGCUGACCAAUCUUCUGCCAUUGCACGUCUGGAUGAGAUGCAGAAGUUCUGGGCUGGGUCUGACUCAGCUGUUGAGCUUUCGAAACGCGUCGGUUCUAUGCCUGCCGAGACCUUAGUUGAUAUCAAACCAUCCAAAAGCAAUCUGCCAGUUGUGGUCAUGUCCUUAGUUCACAGAUCAUUCAUCAAGAGCUACCGGGACAUUGUGGCCUAUGGUAUUCGUAUUGCGAUGUAUGUUGGGCUAGCCGUCAUGAUGGGAACUGUUUGGUUACGUCUCAAGGCUGAUCAAGCUGACAUCCAACCGGUCACGAAUGCAAUAUUCUUCGGAUCUGCCUUCAUGUCUUUCAUGGCUGUCGCCUAUAUACCAGCGUUCCUGGAGGACCGAGCGACUUAUAUCAAAGAGCGUGCUAACGGUCUGUACGGACCUACUGCGUUCAUGAUUGGCAACUUCCUGAUUGGCCUUCCGUACCUUUUCAUCAUCAGUCUCCUGUUCAGCGUCGUGGCCUAUUGGCUGUCCAACUUCCGGCCCACAGCUGGCGCUUUCUUCACUUGGGUCAUGUGGCUCUUUCUCGAUCUGGUUGCUGCCGAAUCACUGGUGGUCUUCAUUAGCUCUUUGUUCCCCAUCUUUGUGGUGUCUCUUGCCUUGACAGCUUUCGCGAAUGGAUUAUGGAUGUCUGUCGACGGCUUCAUGGUUUCCCCUAAGAUCCUGAACGUCUUUUGGCGCUACGUGUUCCACUACAUCGACUAUCAAACCUACGUCUUCCAGGGCAUGAUGGUCAAUGAAUUCGCAUACAGAAAUUACACGUGCGGCAGUGACUGCCAAUGCAUGUUCCAGACCGACCUAUCCUCUGAGUGCUUGGUUCCAGGACAAGCGGUCUUGGACCAGUAUGACUACCACACAGGAAAUACCGGAAAGUGGGUUGGUAUUCUAUUGGCCAUCGUCUUGGGCUAUCGUUUGCUUGGUUGGCUCGUGUUGUGGGCACGAAAGUGAUGCGUGUUAUUUGGCGAAAGGCGUUUUGUAGGAGAUACCCCAAACUCGUAUGCGUUGAUGUCACUCAAGCAUAUGUUGGUGGAUAACCAGAGGGUUGAUUGUUGUUUAUAGGUGGUUCCUUCAUGAUAUAUCGUCGGUGAAGGUUGCUGUCUCAUUUUGAAUGCUAGAUUCUCAUAUUAGCGAAGAUAUCAGUCUUUCACGUUGGACAAUCGAAAGCUUUUGGGGAUGAAGAAUAUAGAUCCAGAAGUCAUAGUACAUACAGAGCCCCAGCAUAGCUGCAAUUAAACUUGCUUGCAUAACAUAUCUGGGACACAUUUCCCCUCAAAAGCGAGGCCUGGGUGUAUUCAGAUCCGGAACAAUAUUUAGGUAAGGCUUCUAACAUACCUACAUCAAGUUUCAGCUGUGAUUGGAAUUAUACU